AUGACUUUUCGAUACAUGAAUGUCUUCUCCCUGCUUGUCGCCCUGUUAGCCACUACGCAUUUUUUGUCGUCAAACCUAGAAUUCUUUAGGUUUUGGAUAGAAGAACUGCAUGUUAUCUCUUUGUCACCGGUGUCGAUCAUUGUAAAUCCAUAUACUGAUUGGUUAGAGGGUCAUCGCCACCAUCGUGACAAGAAGGCCAAGAAAUUCGACAUAUGUGAUGAUUUUCCUCGUGAUUCCCUACCUCCGGAUACCAACACCACAACGACAUUUUGCAUCGAUCGUAAUGGAUGCUGUAAUUUUACGUCUAUUCAGUCUGCAGUUGAUGCAGUCAUGACAUCUAACCCUAAGAGAACAAUAAUGUGGAUCAAUAAUGGCAUUUACUUCGAAAAGGUGAUAAUCCCGAAGACAAAACCGAAUAUAACAUUUCAAGGGCAAGGAUAUACUACAACCGCAAUUGUAUGGAAUGACACUGCCAAUUCUUCGCAUGGCACGUUCUACAGUGCAUCAGUGCAAGUGUUUUCAACAAAUUUCGUAGCAAAGAACAUUAGUUUCAUGAAUGUGGCACCGAUUCCUAAGCCUGGAGACAUUGGAGCACAAGCAGUAGCGAUUAGAGUAGGAGGAGAUCAAGCUGCAUUUUGGGGGUGUGGAUUUUUUGGAGCACAAGAUACUCUUCAUGAUGAUAGAGGUCGUCAUUACUUCAAGAAUUGUUAUAUUCAAGGUUCAAUCGACUUCAUAUUUGGCAAUGCAAAAUCACUGUAUGAGGAUUGCGAGUUGAUAUCGAUGGCGCCGAUGGUGGCAGUAGGACAAAAGAGUAUAAACGGAGCAGUAACAGCACAUGGAAGAGCGUCAGCAGAUGAAGACAGUGGGUUUGCAUUCGUAAGAUGUAACAUUGGUGGUACUGGAAGAAUAUGGUUAGGUCGAGCAUGGAGACCCUUCUCUAAAGUUAUAUUUGCUUACACUUUCAUGUCUGACGUUAUUGCCCCUGAGGGAUGGAAUGACUUCAAUGAUCCAUCCAGAGACCAGAGCAUAUUCUAUGGAGAGUACAUGUGCACGGGAGGAGGAGCAAAUACAUCAAUGAGAGUAGCAUAUGCCCAAAAGCUUAAUGACACGCAAGCUUCUCUUUUCCUUAAUGCCUCUUUUAUAGAUGGUGACCAAUGGUUGCCACCACAAUUGUAAUUAACAAAUUUAUUCAUUCAUCUUUUUAUAUAACUAUUAAUAUUCUAUU